AUGUACCCUCCCACUCAUUCUCCUAUGAUACCCUCGCAAGUUCCUAAUAAUAAUCCGCCAACAUCGAAUGAGAAGAAACAUGAACUAUCUUACUCUGUUCAACAGCAAUUAGCGUCCCAGACCAUGAUGUAUGCUCCUGUUCGGACGAGUCCAUCCCCUCACGGUCAACCAUAUGGUCCUGGCAUCGACUAUAAUUCACAAGGGCCUCCCAUUAUUGGGAGUACUAUCUACGGUCCCAGCGGUCAGGUCGUCUAUCCCCACGGAAUGCGCCUUGGCCGCCGUGACGGUGGUCAUCCGGUCAUGUCGUUGCGUAGUCCGGUAUUGGACGAAUUCCGGUCAAACAAAGCCCGCAAGUGGGAGCUGCGGGAUAUCUAUGGUUACAUUGUUGAGUUCAGUGGUGACCAACAUGGGUCGCGUUUCAUACAACAAAAAUUAGAGACUGCGACUAGCGAGGAGAAGCAACUCGUUUUCGAAGAAAUCGUUCCGGCCAAUAUUUUACAACUAGUCCAAGACGUCUUUGGUAAUUAUGUUAUUCAAAAACUGUUCGAACACGGAACACAAAUGCAAAAGACACUACUUGCCAAUACUAUGGAGGGACAUAUUCUUCAUCUUUCGUUACAAAUGUAUGGUUGUAGAGUGGUUCAAAAGGCUAUAGAAUAUAUACUACCAGAUCAACAGGCGGCAUUCGUCAGGGAACUUGACGGCCAUGUUUUAAAAUGUGUCAUGGACGCAAAUGGGAACCACGUAAUUCAAAAACUGAUCGAACGCGUGUCUCCGGACAAACUGGGUUUCGUGAGUUCGUUCAGGGGAAGCGUGCACGAGCUUUCUACGCACGCUUAUGGCUGCCGUGUGCUUCAACGCUGCCUCGAACACUUGCCUGAAGAACUGGCUCGCCCAUUGUUGGAGGAGCUGCACGACUACACCAACACUUUGAUGCAGGAUCAGUUCGGAAACUAUGUUAUCCAAUUUGUAUUGGAGCACGGACAAUCGCACGAUAGGACCCAGGUAACAGCUAAACUACGAGGCCAGAUGUUGCAGAUGGCUCGGCACAAGUUUGCGUCAAAUGUCUGCGAGAAGGCCCUUAUCUGCGCGGAUGCCGAAAGCCGACAUAUCCUCAUAGAGGAGAUAAUGGUGCCAAAGCAGGAUGGCGCAAAUCCGGUUAUGACGAUGAUGAAGGAUCAAUUUGCCAAUUACGUCCUCCAACGUGCGCUGCAAGUUGCUGAAGGGGAGCAAAGAGAGGCAUUAAUAGGCAUGGUUCGUCCUCAAUUGAUGAGCAUGCGAAAGUAUUCCAGCGCAUACAAUAAACACCUUAGUUCCAUCGAGAAAUUACUUGAUAAAUCUAGUACUCAAUCUGGGGAGCUUACUGUCAUCCUUCCCGAAGUCAUUCUUUCUGGCCGCACCCCUUCAACCCUAUAA